CAAGUGAGUCCGAGGGAUUUCAGGAGCUUUCCACCGACACGUGGACCGAGUCCGGAACCGAGACCCUGUGUGGGGGGGCAGUGCGGGUCCAGGUCUGGAGGAGACUGUUCGGAGUCUCAGCAGCAGAGGAAGUUGGUGAUCAUGGGUGAGGCUCCAGUGAGUGAGGGGGGUGCAGUCACACGAUCAGCAGAGUAUGUCGGCUCGUUUCCUGUGGACGACCGCUGCUUGGACGACCAGAUGGAGCAACUGCACGCUCAGCUGAAAGUCCUGAAAACGUGCAGGAGGAGACGACCUGUGUCCCUGAAGUUCUCCAUCAAAGGGGUGAAGAUGUACAACGAGGAUGAAACGACCCUCCUCAUGGCUCACGCCCUGCGCAGAGUCUCUCUCUCCACCGCCCAACCCACCGAUGCUCAGUUCGCCUUCGUCUCUCACAACCCGGGCAGCACGGACGCUCAGCUGUACUGCCACGUCUUCCAGGCUCGGCACGCUAGAGCGGCCCAGUUCCUGAACCUGCUGCUGUGCCGCUGUUUCCAGCUGUCGUACCUGGAGAAGCAUCCGGACGAGGCUCAGACGGACUCGGAGGGUUCGCUGCCUCGUCGGAACCCGUCGCUGCUCAACCACGGCUUCCCUCUCAGUGUCUCCGCCCUGGUGUCCUUCAGGAGAGCCCCCUUCCAAGGGCUGCUGCCCGGCAUCAAGAAAAGCAGCAAGUCCUUGGAUCCCGCCCCGAGCAGCCCGGACGACGUGUUCCCAAGCCCCUCCCCCUCGCUGGUCCGAAAGAAGGCCAUGAGAACCAAGGCGCUGUGUGGGGCGUACCGCUCCUUCACGUUCACGCCACUCAAACAGCGCCUGGUUCAGGAGCGCCUGAACGCAUCACAAGAAAAGGUGGAAGACAAGACACUAGCGAGAAGGUCCCGAGCUCCGAGCCUGGCGGAAACGGAGGAAGCACUGGCUCACGCGGUGUGGUGCUGGGCUGGUAUCGCAACUGACAGCAGCUACUCUCUGCUGGCCGACGACGUUCUGGGCUCGUACCUCCUGUGCCCUCAUCCCAAAAAACCCAAAUGCGGCUCUCUCAUCAUUCGCUUCCCCUCCGGCCUGAUCACCCAUCUCAUAGAGAACUCUCAUUCGGGGAAGUUCCUGCUGGAGAAAUGCAGGACUGAGUUCAGUUCCAUCGCAGAACUGAUUGACUUCUACACUGAGACCCAGGACGAGCUGCCGAGCCUCCUGAGCUGCGCCCGAGUGAACCACUGCUACGAGUGGGAGGAGACCACCGGCAAGCAGCCGCCGGGGAAGUUACCCAAGGUCUUCAGCAUAGCCAAACUUAAAAGUACCUCCAGAAAAUGGUUCUAA